ACCCCUGUGCCCUGCCCACCCCAGCGGUCCCUCUCCAGCCCCGCCAGAGCCAAUCCGCGGCGGGGUGUAAAGUAGGGCAAGCCGCUUCCUGGUUCAAGGAGGAGCUGCCUGGAGUUGGAAUGGGCCAGCGGAGUCAGAGAGGGGGGAGAACAGCCCAGCGAGCCGGCGGUCUGCAAAGAGAGAGCCGAGGCAGGGGGAUAUAAACGCCGGCAGAGAGACAAGAAGAGGCGGAUAUUACAGAGAACUCCCGGAUGAUACGUGAUUCGUCAGAGGGACUGGUGUGAGAUUUUGGACAGUGCCGAGAGAGCGGUGACCCCCGGGGGGAGAGAGACGGGUGGGAGUGAAUACAGGAAGUACAGAAGCCGGUCAGGUGGGACGCGACGAGAUAACAUAGGUGACACCGGCGCACAGCUUUGUAUCCCUGGAAACCUUUUGGCUCUGCUGGAGAAGAACAGAAACAGGAAGACGUGGAAAAUAGAGAGGGAGGAAGAGAGCAGGGACCCGUCCUCAUCUGAGUUUAUGGACUGGAGGUAAGAGGUGGCGAUGUCUCCAGGAGAGGACGGUCUGAUUGGGAUCCCCUUCCCAGAGCACAGCAGCGAGAUCCUGUUCCGCCUCAACGCCCAGCGCAGGGCGGGGCUACUCUGUGACCUCACCCUGACCUCGCGGGGUGCCCGCUACCCUACCCACCGCUCUGUCAUGGCUGCCGUCAGCCUCUACUUCCGCGGGCUGUUUGGAGCGGAGGAGGGGGCCGAGGCAGGGGGUGAGGCGGGGGGAGGAGGAGGGUUCAGUGUGUGCCAGCUGGACUGUGUCGCGCCCGAUGCCCUGGGUGCCCUGCUGGAGUUUGCUUACACGGCCACCCUGACCAUCCGCAGCUCUGGCAUGAGAGACGUGUUGAGAGGAGCUCAGUUACUGGGGAUCCAGUGUGUGGUUGAUGCCUGUAGAGACAUACUGGGGGAGACGGCGGGGGAGGUAGAGUGGGAGACGGGGGAGGAGAGGGUACAGGCGGAGAGGGAGAGAAGGGUGAUGAAGAAAGGCUCCCGGAGGAAGAUAGACAGACGGAGAGUCAACAAGGUAGAGUCAUCGCACCACCAGCCACUGCCUCAUCGCCCCAAUAUUAACACACACCAGCACCCCUCCACUCCUCCUCCACACCCCUCACCUGUUCAAGACGGGGCCCACUCUCAUCCCUCCACCCGACCCCCCAGCCCUGAGCAGGAUGAACACCCCCCCACCACGGGACAGAACGGGGAGCGGAAGCAGGGCAGGGAUGCAGGGAGAGGGAGUACAGCAGUCAACGGAGGGGUGCACUGGCCUCAGGAGCGCCUCCUCGCCCCCCACCCCCCUGUUCCCCUCUCAGACGACAGGCUGUCAGAAGACGAGGAGGAGAUGGAGGGAGUGGGGAACGGUGGGGUGCCCAGCUUUACUUCAGCCCCCCUGGCAGAGCAAGAGGUGGCCACAGGGGCAGGAGGAGGGGGUAGGAAGAGGAAGUCUCAGACCCCCCAGCAGUGUCCUGUCUGUCAGAAGAUCAUCCACGGAGCAGGGAAGCUGCCCAGACACAUGAGAACACACACCGGGGAGAAACCAUUCGAGUGCUCUACCUGCGGGGUCCGCUUUACCAGGAAUGACAAGUUGAAGAUCCACAUGCGUAAACACACAGGGGAGCGUCCGUACCCUUGCCCCCACUGCCCUGCCCGCUUCCUGCAUUCCUACGACCUGAAGAACCACCUGUCUCUCCAUAGUGGGGCACGCCCCUUCGAGUGCCCGCUCUGCCACAAGGCCUUCGCCCGCGAGGACCACCUCCAGCGCCACCGCAAGGGCCUCAGCUGCCUGGAGGUCCGUACCCGGGCACGGCCGAGGCGCGGGCCUGGGGCUGACCACGGGGAAGAGGGCAGAAGGGUUAGAGGAGGAGGAAGAGGGUAUUCUCCAGACCAACUCAACCCGCUGGAGAAUCUGCCCCUGCAGCCCCACGCCUCAGCAUUCCACCCCCGUGCUGGGAUGGUUGGCCUGGGGGAUGGGGCUGAGGCUGGGGCUGGAGGUCAAAUGGUGUUCCAGGAGGAGGCUGACGGGGAGCAAGCUAUAGCCCUCCUAGGGCCUCACAGGUUACCCUACCCUGGUCUGCUGUGGAGAGGCCUGGAGCUGGGGGUGAGAGGGGUGGAGGGGGAGGAGGCAGGCGGGGGCCACUCUCCUGCACUUCAGCAUGCAAGAUGGGAUAAGGAGGCAGAGGAGGAGGCAGAGGAGGAUGAGGAAGAUGAGUGAGAAGAGAGGAAGAGAAGAGCGUGCAUGGAUGUGUAUGCGUGUGCAUGUGUUUGUGUGCACGUAUGUGCAUUUGUAUAUGCAUAAGUGUGUGCGUGCGUGUGUGUGUCACCUACAGUAUGGAUGGGGAUCUCACUCAGGUGACUGGACCUGCUCCUUCUUACAAAGCGCUUAGAGAAAGACUAAAUGAUAGAGAAAGACUAAACGAUACAAAAAGAAUAAUGGAAAACGGGUUUUCUGAUUUGUUAUUGUUGUUUCAUGGCUCUCUGUUUUUAUUUCAGUUGUCUUUUAUUUCUAUUUUCCAUUAUUUCUAUUGUAUUUCAUGCUGUGGUUAUUCUUAUUAGCUGUACAUAAAAAGAGGCUUUAUUGAGGGAAUGUUUUGCACAUAGAUGUGCUGAUGGGGAUAUGGGGUUCUUUUCUCUCACUAUGCAAACUGAAGUCAGGAGCUGAGAAAAAUGAUGUGUCCAGAUGUUUAAAAAAAAGAAGAGAAAAGAAAUCCUGUAUUUUUGAGCAGAGUGCUGUUAGUAAUAUAACUAUCAAAUGUUAUUGAAGUUCAAACAAUGUAUGUACAACAUCCAUCUGGCACUACUAAACCCUAUCACUCUUCAUGUCACUAUACUAGCACUCUCAGUGGGGUAGUAAGAAACCAGAAUCAUCCGGUUUUCAGUGGAAAAGCAGAGAAGACACAAAGCCUAAAAACCGGUAGCUUCCGGUUCCUUCCGACCCACUCAGGCGUUUGUUUUACGCCUGCUAAGUUAGGUAAGUAUAGUAGUAGGUGUGGAAUCUGCUGUUUCACUUUGGGUGUACCCUACUACCCUCUAGUGGUUAUUGGUGGAGCUAGUUGCCAAUGGCAACAAGUCACACAGGUUUCCUAUUGAAGAUAGCCAUUAUCUAACAGUAACAGUCAUAUUUUAACAAGGCUUAUUAUUUUGCUGUCUGUUGUAAGUAGAUUUUCAUGCCCUUUUAUGAGGCACCGAUGAUACCAAAGAUUUCAGUUAAUUUCUUCCUAAUCAAUCAGUUUGAUCAAGCACAGGAGCACCAGAGCUAUAGAUUGAGAUCCCAAUGGGCACGCACUGGUUGAAUCAUUGUUGGUUCCACUCCAUUUCAAUGAAAUUACAUUAAACCAACGUAGAAUAGACAUUGAAUUGAUGUCUGUGCCCAGUGGGAUGGCUCUAAGGGUAUCCUGGGAUUUUAGAGCCAAGGUUUGGUUAAAAGACCUGUCUUCAUUUGCCCGGUUCUCUGCUGCAGACUGCUAGAAGGGUUGGAGACUGCUUCCAUAGGUUCGAUUCUCUGUGGAGCUCUAGUGCUCUGUGAAAAAUGCCUGACCAAAACUAGACUACAUCUGCAGGGUCAUUGGAUGAUUGUUAAUGAGAGGUGUGUUUGUUGCUUUAGCGUUUACUUUUUGACAUCGACGGGACAAUUCCUUUCCAAAGUUUCCUUCUUUAGAAUGUCUUCUGAUCAUGCACUCCUCGUUUUUUUUAUUGCAAAAUGAGCGAGAGAAAAGGAGAGACCAAGAGGGAAGGAGGGAGUGAGGGAGAGACCAAAAGGGAAGGAGGGAGUGAGGGAGAGACCAAGAGGGAAGGAGGGAGUGAGGGAGAGACCUUGAUCUCUUCAUUGCUCUGUAUUUAUUUAUUUAUUGUUAUUUAUUGUGGCUUUCCAGUUGAAACUGUGUGUGUGACCUGACCCAGGAUAUCCACAGUGACCUGACCCAGGAUAUCCACAGUGACCUGACCCAGUGUAUCUACAGUGACCUGACCCAGUGUAUCCACAGUGACCUGACCCAGGAUAUCCACAGUGACCUGACCCAGGAUAUCCACAGUGACCUGACCCAGUGUAUCUACAGUGACCUGACCCAGUGUAUCCACAGUGACCUGACCCAGGGUAUCCACAGUGACCUGACCCAGGGUAUCCACAGUGACCUGACCCAGGGUAUCCACAGUGACCUGACCCAGGGUAUCCACAGUGACCUGACCCAGGGUAUCCACAGUGACCUGACCCAGGGUAUCCACAGUGGCCUGACCCAGGGUAUCCACAGUGACCUGAGCCAGGGUAUCCACAGUGACCUGAGCCAGGGUAUCCACAGUGGCCUGAGCCAGGGUAUCCACAGUGGCCUGACCCAGGGUAUCCACAGUGGCCUGACCCAGUGUAUCCACAGUGACCUGACCCAGUGUAUCCACAGUGACCUGACCCAGUGUAUCCACAGUGGCCUGACCCAGUGUAUCCACAGUGGCCUGACCCAGGGUAUCCACAGUGGCCUGACCCAGGGUAUCCACAGUGGCCUGACCCAGGGUAUCCACAGUGACCUGACCCAGGGUAUCCACAGUGACCUGACCCUGGGUUUGACACAGUGACCCGCAACACCACUUGGCUCGGUCCCCUUCUGGCACAGUUGAAGUGCUCUGUACCUGCUUCCUUUUGAGUCUUAAGAGAAACUGCAUUGUGCUUAACGUGACGGCUAACAAAGACCCGUACACCCAGUGCCAUGUUGGGUGAAAGGUCCUCUGUUGGCUAUUCUUCCUCCUUUUGCAUUUGUUUUGCACAACACAUCACACCCUGAAAAGGUACUGCAAUAAUACUGGCACAUUCCAUCCCCUGGGGGAGAAAGAAGGGAUCAGAAAAGAGAGGGGGAAAAGAGACAGACCGAGCCUUUCUCUCUCUCUCUCUUUAGAGCACAAGACAACUGUCGCACCACCUGUAGCCGUUUCACACUUUCAGUUAAAGAGAUAAGCAUCAACUGCACUUAGGGAGAUAACUGUGUUGUGGAUUCAACAUGUACUGUAUGUUAUUGUGUUAUCUGUCAAAUCUGUGUGUAUAAGUCACAGAUAGGCCCUUAGGGGGCCUGUCUCUAGGAGACCAGCGACCAUCUUGGGUGGCCCAUUGCAGGUGUAAGGCUACUUUGCUUACAGAUAAUCAACCAUUUCUUCAAAGUCUGUCACUCUUUAGGUGAUAGUGAGUUAUGUUCUUUAUUUACAACUAUUUACGAGGGCUGUAUCUCUAGCCUGAAGCUUAUGUAGCUCUAGCAGACUGGACCUGUGUGUGCUAUCCAUUCCACGCUAUGUACAAGAACUUUCCUUGUUUCUGAUUUAUUUGCACUAAAAUAUUGAGAGCUUUUAAUUUUUUUUUGUUUCACCUCCUUAUCCAUUCCAUGACGUCACUCAGUAUCGUUUAUGAUUGUAAGAGAAGAUAUCUGUAUAUUGUUCCUUCAAUUCUUGAUAAUAACAUUGGUCUAUAUUCUUUCUACUGCGUAGUGUAAUAAUCAUGAUAAGAGAUUGCUAUGUAAAGGGGUGAAGCUGCCUUGGACUUUUGUUUUUGUGCUGCAACUAUUCUCAGGAAAUCUUGAGCAAUGCACUAAGUAAUUAUGCAAAAUUGUGGGGGAGAUAUGCUGUGUAUAUAUGUAGCCUAUGUAUGUUCAUACAUAUGUCUGAAGAGCUAGUGACACCUUUCACUCAAAAGUACGGUUCCAAUAUAACACCUUGUACCACAUGACUAUGAGGAAGUCAGAUAAAAGCAAAUUGAGGAAUAGUAGAUAUCCAUUUGUAUGGUAAAACAUGUACAAUGUAGUGUACAUCAAUUGACACCAGCCAGUCACACAUUGUGCUGAAAGGUUUUUUGUGCUGAGGGGUGUUGCUACCAGCAUUUAGAGAGCUUGGUGAGUGAAUGAGAGGGAAACAUUAUGCCAGCUGUGAAGUGUGGUGUUUCUAUGGAACUUUGUCGUUUUAUUUGGCUUUGGUGAAGGGAUCUGGGGUAUGUUUUGAAUAGAGACACCACUAUCAGGGAUACAUUUUUGUCUUUCCGUUUUUGGUGGACCUUCUGUCAGAGAUAUUAAUUCAUUUUCCCAUCAUUUGUUUCAGAUAAUGUAAAGAAAACAGAUAAAUAAACAAAGAUCUAUCCC